GACAACACAAAUAAGCUACGUCAAAUCCCCGCGACAUUCUUCUAGUUUUCUUUUUACAAGCACGAUGGAUGUGUGUGCAUCUUCGAGUCCUACUUUGAGGGAGUUUGGCUGCGAACAGAAUUUACUAUCACGACCUGAUGGAUCGUCGUCCUUCGUCCAAGGAGACACCAGUGUAUUAGCUGGAGUGUAUGGCCCGGCGGAGGUGAAGGUCAGUAAGGAGAUCUAUGACAGAGCUACCCUGGAGGUGGUGAUGCAGCCCAAAGUGGGACUACCAGGUGUCAGAGAGCGAGCCAGAGAACAGUGUGUGAGGGAAACAUGCGAGGCGUCUCUUCUCUCCACCCUUCAUCCACGCUCCUCCCUCACUCUCGUCCUACAAGUGGUCCAUGAUGACGGUUCACUGUUGUCCUGUUUUCUGAACUCAGCCUGUAUGGCCCUGAUGGACGCGGGCCUGCCUAUGAGCUGCCUGUUCGCUGGGGUCACCUGUGCCAUCGAUACAGAUGGCCAGGUCAUUACCGACCCCAACGCAGCACAGGAGAAGGAAAGUCGAGCUUUGAUGACCUUCGCUAUUGACAGUACCGAGCGCAGAGUGAUGAUGUCAUCCACCAGAGGGUCUUUUACAGUUCACGAGCUGCAACAGUGUAUAGCUGUCAGUCAGAAAGCAUCGGACAAGAUCUUCCAGUUCUACAGAGAUUCUGUCAGACGAAGAUAUUCCAAGACACUCUGAUUAUCCAGGAUUCUGCUUAUAUCUUACUUUUUUUUUUUUUUUUUUUUUUUCAGGUUUGUUGUUUUUUAAUUUUACAGCUCAAACCAUUGUUGUUUUUUAAAUAAAAAAUAUUUGGAAUUGGUUGAAUUAUUA